AUGGAGUCCUUUGAACGCACAUGCAGGCAGUCCAUGCAACGGAUUGAAACUCAGAGUAGUGUGCCAUUUAAGUCAAACUGUGAAGUAAAAAUUGGAAAGUUCUUCUGGCAGUCUGGAAUCGAAGUGGGAGUCGAGAAUGGGAUCGGAUAUCUACCUGGAGUCGGAAAUGGGAUCGGGUAUUUGCCUGGAGUCGGAAAUGGGAUCGGGUAUUUGCCUGGAGUUGGAGAAUGGGAUCGGAUAUUUGCCUGGAGUUGGAGAAUGUUAAAUCAAGAAGUCGGAGUCGAAAAAUUUCAAAAAAACUUGAGAUGCAGCAGAUUCUUCAAUGCCCCCUUCUGCCAACUCGUCAGGUUGUUCACACUCAGUCCUUUUGUUUAUCACCGUGUUCAUCAUGCCUUGCUCAUCAUGAGGUUCAUCAUGUCAUGUUCAUCAUCAGGUUCAUCGUGUCAUGUUCACUAUCAGAAACAACAAGAUCAUCAACAACUAUAUACAAAGAACACAGUACAUCAUGGCUACAUGCCAAAACAACUUGUUAUCCAGUAUUUAUAUCAGGAGAACUUGACCUACUAG